AUGGUAUUUAAACGCAAAAAUGAUAUAAAUCAAGUUGAAAAGGAUAUUGGUGUGCACACUGGGGAAGAAGAAUUGAAAAGCAUUGUAUCUCGCCAUACUACAGAAUAUGACCUUUAUGUUGCAAAAUCAACACCGUCCGCGAUUAUUCAAACGGACGGUCAUAAACUAAGGCAAUCGUUGGACCCUAGACACGUCAGUAUGAUUGCCAUUGGAGGGGCUUUAGGAACUGGUUUGUUAAUUGGUACUGGAAGUGCUUUGAAAACGGCGGGUCCGGGUGCAAUUUUACUUUCUUACUCCCUUAUUGGGUUUGUUGUCUAUAUUGUGAUGUGUUCGCUUGGGGAAAUUGCAAGUCAUAUCCCACUAAAUGGGUUUGCCAAUUAUGGUAAAAGAUACACUGAUGAAGCUUUGGGUUUUGCGUGUGGAUAUAUUUAUUUAGUCAAGUACUUGAUCUUGCCAGCAAAUCAGUUGACCGCGGGUGCUUUGACAAUGCAGUAUUGGGUUGAUCGUGACAGUAUUAAUCCUGGUGUUUGGAUAACCAUAUUUCUUGUUAUAAUGGUGAUUAUAAACUUUUUAGGAGUGAGAGUUUUUGGGGAAAUUGAGUUUUGGUUGAGUUCAUUGAAAAUCGUGACUUGCUUGGGAUUGAUAAUUUUGUUGUGGGUUAUUGCGUUAGGUGGUGGUCCAACGCACGAUAGAAUCGGAUUCAGGUAUUGGAAGGACCCAGGUGCAUUUCUUCACUAUGAGGCUCUUUCCAAAAACCUCAUUAUUGAAGGACCAAAAGGUAGAUUUGUUGCAUUUGUGCUGGUCUUGGUGAUGCUGGUCUUUAGUUAUCUUGGAGCAGAGCUUUGUUCAUUAACCUUUGCUGAAUGCAGAAAUCCCAGAAGAGCGAUACCAAAAGCCGUCAAGUUGACCUUGUAUCGUAUAUUGAUAUUUUACAUAAUGUCGAUUUUAUUUGUUGGUAUGUGUGUUUCAGCUAGAGACCCACUUCUUAUGAGUGCAUCAGGUACAAAUGCUGGUGCUUCUCCCUUUGUUAUUGCAAUAAAGAAUGCAAGAAUCGGUGGGUUAGACUCGGUCAUAAAUGCAUGUAUCUUGUUGUUUGUUUUAUCAGCAGCAAAUUCAGAUAUGUAUGUCUGCAGCAGAUCGCUUUACUCAUUAGCUGCUGAUGGCUAUGCACCAAAACUUUUCACCAAAACAAAUAAGAUGGGAGUUCCUUAUUUUGGUGUUUGUGUUUCCGCAUUGUUUUGUUUGUUAGCCUAUAUGAAUGUGUCAUCGGGAUCAGCGCAAAUCUUUCAACAUUUUGUUAAUUUGGUUUCGCAGUCAGGAUUAAUUGCUUGGUCUUCAAUUUUGGUAUUCCACAUUGGUUUUAUGAGGGCAUUGAAAGCACAAGGAUUUGACAGGAAACGGGACUUGGUCUAUAGAUCGCCAUUACAGCCUUUUGCAACUUAUUUUUGUUUAGCAGUGUGCAUCCUUGUUAUGUUUAUCAAAAACUUUACUGUGUUUUUGGGAAACGAAUUUGAUUACGCAUCUUUUAUCACGGGUUAUAUACUUUUGCCAAUUUUCUUAAUUCUUUUCUUUGGUUAUAAGUUUUGGUACAAAACCAAAUGGCUCAAGCCAGAAGAAGUUGACUUGCAUACUUUCAAAGAUGUCAUUGAUGCUGAGUUUGCCAAAUAUGAGGCUGAAGACAGUGAGAGGAGGGCAAUAAGAGAUGCUACAGGUAAGAAAAUAGAUAGCAUUUUGGCAACAUCAGCAACAUCAGCAAAUUCAGCAAAUUCAGCAACAUCAGCAAUAUCAAUACUUGAAUAUUAUAUAUAUCGCAUAGAUAAUGGACGGUAUAUAUCCCAAAAAUGCCAAUAUCACCGAAAUCCAAAAGGGCGUGGCACAUCCAACUUCCAUAAACACUGCCACAAAGGGAAGGAAGAUGGCUAUUAUAAGUUUAAAGAUAUCACUGCAGGUGAAUGGCAUUGUUCAAUUGGAUCUAGUGUGUUAAUUGUUAACGAAAUUGAAAUAGAUUGA